AUGUCGGACCAUGAGGAUGCAUCGCGCGGAGCAUCACCCGCAUCAUCCGCAGCAUCAUCACCAUUGGCUCCAGUCUCUCCACGUUCAGAUAUAAACGCUCCACAAUCGCCAACUGGGGAUGUUGAAGACAUAUACAAGGGCGAGGAUGAACUGCCAGAAGUGCCAGAGAGUCCAGGUGCUUCGAGUCCAGUUCGGAGAAGUCCUUCUCCAGCUAGCUCUGGACCACAAAGCCCAUUAUCACCUUCUCCAAUCAAAACAGCGAAAAUUGUAAUAGACAGCGACGACGAUUCAGACGGAGAGGGAACAUCGAAAAAGCGAACACUCCUUGAUUCGGAUGCGAGUGACACAGAAGUACCGAAGAAGAGAAUCAUGUUCGAUUCAGAUGACUCUGAUCAAGAAGAAGAUAGCUCAAAGAAGGAGGCGGCUCGCAAGAACUUGUUCGGAGAGGACAGUGAUGACGAUGAUGAAGAUCGUCCGAAAAAGAAAGAUGACGAUUUGGAUGAGCUGGUGAAGGGAAAUAUCGAGGAGGAAGAGAGACAAGAAAGCAGACCAGUAUACGACAGUGAUGAUGACGACGAUGGACCAAGACGUGGUAGAAAUAACUUCGAAUGGGAUUUUGAUAAGAUGUUGGCAGAGAAGAAGGCUGAAAGAAAGAAGAAAACUCGUCGUGGAAAGGAUAGUGGUAUUGAUAUCAUUAAUGAUGACGACGGAAUGGUUUCAAGACUGACUGAAAGAAUGAAACAUGCAGCGAAAUCUGAUCGGAAUGCAAAUGUGGAGAGAAAACCGGCAUUCCAGAAGAUCAAGAUGCUCCCAGAGGUCAAAGCAGUUAUGCUCAGAGCUGGAAUUGUUGAAGUGCUCAUUGAAAACGGAUUCAUGAGUGCUCUCUCUGAGUGGCUGGCACCUCUUCCAGACAAAUGUCUCCCGGCUCUUGAUAUUCGUAUUACUCUUCUCAAGCUUCUUCACAAUCCUCGGUUCUGGAAACUUGACAGAAGUACUCUAAAGCAGUCUGGACUCGGAAAAGCCGUCAUGAUGCUCUACAAACAUCCGAAUGAGACGAAAGAGAACAAGGCGAUUGCCAAUAAAUUGAUUGGUGAAUGGGCGAGACCAAUUUAUCAUUUGGACACUGACUACAGUACGGUAUCGAGAAAUGAACGGGAAGAGCGGGAUUACGCGAGAAUGCCGGAGAAGAGAAAGAAGAAAUUACGUAGUCGAGAAGAAGAGCCAGAAGAAGAAGAGACCCCGAAGAAGCCAAGAAUCAGAGAUGCCGAUGGGUUGGGAUCGACUAAAUCCUCGGAUUUGAAGCCAGGAGACAAAGGAUACAUCAAUCGAGCACGUGUGCCAAAACCAUCUACGAAAGACUACGUCAUCAGACCUGAAUGGAAAGUGGCUGGAGCAUUCAAGGGGGAGAAGAAGGCAUCUGGAAGCAACCGGUACGAUCAAACACUCCGUGAUUUCCAAGAAAGAACCAAGAAAUCAAAGGCUAAUCGCCUUGUCAAAGUAUCUCUCGAAGGAAGAAACAUGGGAAUUUAA